GCGUAUAACCCGCAAACGACAGUUCGCUGAAUUCGGCUAGAUGUACCGCACGGAUCGUUCCUGAGGGUCGGUGUUUUUUUUCUCUUUCGUUGCGAUGGCCCCGAUUUUUCCGAUAAUCUCGCCGAAGAAAAAUUGUUAGUCCCGUUAUUAUUCCAUGCGGCACGAGGCCGCCACGACGUCUCCCGACCGAACACGACCGGGUUUCAAUUUUAAAGAGGACCAGAAUCGGCCAUUUUGAUCUAUAUAGGGAGUGAACAGUUAUAAAACGUCGAGAGCCCCAACGAGUGUGUCGUUUUUUGCGAGACUUGUGCAGUGCUACCGGGCCCCCGGAAAUACGUCUUAAAGGACACCUAUGGCUUGUUUAAAUACUCUCAAGCAAGAGAUAAGGACAUUAGAGUCGAUAUUCCCGAAAAACCAUGAUAGGUUUCAGAUCGUGUCCGCCAGUGUUGACGAGCUGAGUUGCAGGUUCGUUGGGAAAAAUGGCAAACGAUAUGAAAUCCACGCGAAUAUCACAGAAACUUACCCAGCGGUACCCCCAGUUUGGUUUGCUGACUCGGAAGAGACCAGCAUUACUAAUGCAGUGCAAAUUUUGAGUAACACAGAAGGAUUGGAUAAUCAUGUACUUCAUCAGGUUGCUAUACUUUUACGAGAACUGUGUAGGUUGCAUGCUGUACCAGAACCGCCUGAUAUUCAUAGACUGACUAUACCAAAUCCGCAAACGGCAAACAGAAUAAGUAGUGGUGUUGAACAAAUGGAAGAUGAAGGAUUAGACAGUGAAGCAGACGCAGAAUUAGGAGAUAGUGACCAAGAAGCAGAAGAAAGUGACGAAGAUGAAGAACUCGCCAUGGAAAUGGAAGAUGGACGAUCGAAAACGGACGAAAUGGGAGUUGAACAUUUGGCGACGCUUGAACGUCUCAGACAGAAUCAAAGAAGGGAUUAUUUACAGGUAAAUGGAUCUGUAUCCGGUUCAGUACAAGCCACAGACCGAUUAAUGAAAGAGCUUAGGGAUAUUUAUCGUUCAGACACUUUUAAAAAUAAAAUGUAUCAAAUUGAAUUGGUUAACGAUUCACUGUAUGAGUGGAACGUCCGUUUACUCGCCGUAGACCCCGAUAGCCCUUUGAGCCAUGACUUAGCCCUCCUUAAAGAAAAAGAAGGCAAGGACGCUAUUUUACUCAAUAUGUUAUUCAAGGAUACUUAUCCAUUCGAACCACCGUUUGUUAGAGUUGUUCAUCCCAUCAUAUCAGGUGGUUAUGUAUUGGUGGGCGGAGCGAUAUGUAUGGAAUUAUUAACUAAACAAGGAUGGUCGAGUGCGUACACAGUAGAAGCCGUUAUAAUGCAAAUUUCAGCGACUCUGGUGAAAGGAAAAGCGAGAAUCCAAUUUGGGGCGCCAAAAGUGUGCUCCCAAGGACAAUACAGUCUGGCGAGGGCCCAACAGAGCUUUAAGUCACUUGUACAAAUUCACGAAAAAAAUGGUUGGUUCACACCCCCAAAAGAGGACGGUUAAUCACACGUGCCAAUUUUGAAGAGUCAUUCUGAUUAUUUUUUUUAAGUUAAAAGGAACACGGAAGGAAAAAAACGUCUAAUGCGCGUGCAUGUACUUUUUUUUUUGUUCGUUAAUUAUAUAUAUUUUUUUUGGUCGUCAUCUUUUCGAACAAGCGAAAAAGUUGGAGUUUUCUACUCUUAAACAAAAAAAAAACACUAAAAAAAGAACUCGUGUAUCUUAGUGCCUCAAUCUCUAUAGCCGUUCGUUGCGUUUCUUCUGUUUUAAUAUUUUUUUUUUUAAUUUUCAGUUUGUCGUCGUCUCUAUCUCUUGUUGAGAAAUCCAAAAAAUUAAAAAAAAAACUAGAAAAAAAAAUAGUCCAUGUGACUUUCGCGUCGAUAAAGAAGUGAAAAAGAAAUUAAACGAGUUUUUCAUUCCAAAAUAACAGUGGCAGUUUAAUAUUAUUGUUGUAGAUUGGUGAGAAUUCGGUUGCUAUGGUCCGUAAAAUAAAAAAAGGGAUGGCGUUAUCUUUAUUGUUAUAUACAGGGAUUCAAAAGAAUAGGAUUAUGAAUCAACUUGUAUUUAAAUAAUAAAAGAAAUAAAAUAGAUUUAGUUAAGAUGACGCUUUCUGAUGCAACAAACUGUGAUGUUAUUUUUCUAAUUGUUUCUUCUUUUUUUGUAUUUUAAUAUUGGCUAUGUUUUCAAAUUAAAAAUAAAUAUUUUUUAGUUAAUUUUUUGAUGAUGACUUUGUUGGGCCAGUAUAAAAAAUACAAAACAGGAUCUUUGGAACAUAAGCAACCGAUAUCACGUCAUUAACAUUUCGUAAAAUCGUAUUUUUUUCUUCGACGUGCAAUCGACAACCUAACUUAAAAAUAACCUAAUUUUAUUUUAUUUUCAAUUUAUCCCUCUUAUAACGUAAUACAUAAUCAGUGCAUUAAAACAACCGAAAAUGAAUUAAAAGAAACGUGUCAUUGUGAUUUACAUAACUCCUUUAAUCGUUUCUUGUUUCUUUUUGUUAUUGUCUUAUAAAACGAUUAGUUAAGAAUAAAAAGAGAAAAACACACGUUUUAUUUUGACCCAAUCGGACCCGCUCGUCCGAAUUUCGGUCUUAUCACCACCAACAAACAAACCAUUGGUUCAUAUCCAUCAUCUAAUCCCCGUAAAUUUGGGGAAACUUUGGGGAUGUUAGGACGUUCGCCAGUUUGGACUCCCCAUAGCCGCGACGCACGAUUUAUUUUUUAUUUGGGGGACGGCGAUCGACCUUCGACCUCUUGUAUAACUCGUAUUUCUAUAAUUUUAGGUACGUUCGGUUGUUGCCGCAACCGGCGAGGUCUUAUUCCCCUCGACGACACGCGUCUUAUCGUUUCUCCUUGUUUUUUUAUUCAUUAUAAUUUUUAGGAUUGAACGAAUGUGAAUGAGCACGAAACCGAUUGACCGUAAUUAAUCGCGAUUUCGCUCUCUGAAUCUUAUUAAGACCCGCCUGCUGCGGUAACCCCCCUCGAAAUCCCCCCUUUAAGAACUAUGUGAGUAUGUGCUUUUAAUUUUUAAGGUCAAUAAAUAAUAAAUCAAAAUAAAAAAUACCAAAAAAAUUA